AAGAAGAAGACACACUUCCGUUAGCUGGAAAGGGAGAGACGAGUUGCGGUUGUCUAAGUGGAAAACUAAUUUCUAUCAUUGUGUAGAUAAUACCAUCGACCAGGCAGUCAUGUCUAGUCGUGAAGCCCUCAACAUGAAGCUGCCUCCGAUCCAGUCCACGGCCGGAGCCGUGCCGGUCCGGAACGACAAAGGCGAGCUCUCCAUGGAGAAGGUGAAGGUGAAGAGGUACGUGUCGGGUAAACGUCCCGACUACGCGCCCAUGGAGUCGUCCGAUGAGGAGGACGAGGACUUCCAGUUUGUGAAGAAGGGGAAGGAGCUGGAGGCCGAGGUGGAGGUGGAGGAAGAGGACGUCUCCGACCCGCGUCUCAGACGUUUGCUCAACCGCGUCUCUGAGGACGUGGAGGAGAGGCUUGCGAGGCACCGACAGAUCGCAGAGCCUGAAGUUGUAGCGGAGAGCAGCGAAGACUCCGAUGAAGGCACGUGGCACCCAGAGCAAGAGGAGAGCAGUGAGGAGGAGGAGGAGGAAGAGGAAGAAGUGGAUGAUGAGGAAAUUGAGCGCAGGCGACAGAUGAUGCGUCAGCGAGCCGUCGACCGGAAGAACGAGGAGAUGGAGGUGAUGGAGGUGGAGGAGGAAGGAAAGUCGGGGGCGGAGUCAGAGUCGGAAUCUGAAUAUGAGGAGUACACGGACAGCGAGGAUGAAGCAGAACCACGACUCAAACCGGUCUUCAUUCGCAAAAAGGACAGAGUGACAGUGGCGGAGCGCGAAGCAGAGGAGCUGAAACAGAGAGAGCUGGAGGUCGAGGCCAAGAAGCAGGUGGAGGAGCGACGGCGCUACACCCUCAAGAUAGUGGAGGAGGAGGCCAAGAAGGAGUUUGAGGAGAACCGGCGUACUCUGGCCGCUCUGGACGGACUGGACACUGACGGGGAGAACGAGGAGGAGGAAUACGAAGCGUGGAAAGUCCGAGAGCUGAAACGCAUCAAGAGGGACAGAGAGGCCCGGGAAGUCAUGGAGAAGGAGAAGGCUGAGAUCGAGAGAUUCCACAACUUGACGGAGGAGGAGCGCAGGGCUGAGCUCCGAAACAGCGGCAAAGUGGUCACCAACAAAGCAUCCAAAGGGAAAUACAAGUUCCUGCAGAAGUACUACCACAGAGGAGCCUUCUUCAUGGAUGAGGAGGAUGAUGUGUACAAGAGAGAUUUCAGCGCUCCCACUCUGGAGGAUCACUUCAACAAAACCAUCUUACCCAAAGUCAUGCAGGUCAAAAACUUUGGUCGUUCCGGACGCACUAAGUACACCCACCUGGUGGAUCAGGACACCACGUCGUUCGACUCGGCCUGGGCGCAGGAGAGCGCUCAGAACAGCAAGUUCUUCAAGCAGAAGGCGGCAGGCGUGAGGGACGUGUUCGACCGGCCCACGGUGAAGAAGAGGAAGACUUAAGACGUGAAAAGGACUUCAUCUGAACCACAGUGCAGCUUCAGAGACUGUACAGAGAGCGAGCUGCAUCCCGCCGCGACUUAAUAUCAAGGAAGAAAAAGACUGAUUCCACUGCUUUGAUGAACUUUUUUAUCUCCCUGGAAGGUGUUUAAAGAAACUUAAUUUUAUGUUUCCUUCUUUUGAUAAGAACCAGAACAUCCCUGAUGCAGCUGGUUUUAAAUUCAGUGUUCACAACAUGACUUUAAUGUGGGAUAAUGGCUGUAAAUAUGAGGCAUCAAUGUCCCUUAAAGCAUUGAGCUGCCGUCAAAUGAUAACAUUUAGUCUGCAGAUUCCUUUACUGAUUAUCCCCUCAAUAUUUGUGGAAGCCCAGUGUGGUGUUAUAACUUCAUUUUUGUGAAUAAAACUUGUAUUUUCA